GUGCUUAUUCUCCCCAUUCCGUGUGGUCUUAGUAGUAUCAUUAACUUGGCGGCUUCGCUUUUCUUUUGCAGUAAGAAAUAAUAGUCAAAACCCAUUCCCCUGUUCUUCUCUCUGCUUCAUGCCUCCAAUCACACUCACUUUUCUCACACCGUAUUCCUAUCUGACUCAUUAAUCAACAGCGCUGGUCGGAAACAGAGCCAGUUAGUUAGUUUUUUCAUGAACACAAUUCGGUCUCGUUUUCUGACGAGAAUGGCCGAAGACAUAGGAAAAACCAACCUCGAAUCCUCUGCUUCUGCUGCUGCUGCUGCUGCUUCGACAACCUCCAGGGGAUUCUGGCCUUCCGUCUUACGUUGGAUCCCCACUUCCACCGACCACAUCAUCAGCGCCGAGAAGCGGCUUCUCUCUCUUGUCAAGACUCCGUAUGUUCAAGAACAGGUUAAUAUAGGUUCUGGUCCACCUGAUUCCAGAGUUAGAUGGUUCCGUUCAUCCAGCAAUGAACCGCGGUUUAUUAACACUGUUACAUUUGACAGUAAGGAUGAUUCUCCUACGCUUGUCAUGGUUCAUGGAUACGCCGCGUCGCAGGGGUUCUUUUUUCGCAAUUUUGAUGCCCUUGCCUCACGCUUCAGAGUCAUUGCUAUUGAUCAACUUGGUUGGGGUGGUUCUAGUAGGCCUGACUUUACAUGCAGAAGCACUGAAGAAACUGAGUCGUGGUUUAUUGAUUCUUUUGAGGAAUGGAGAAAAGCCAAAAACCUGAGCAAUUUUAUACUACUUGGGCAUUCUUUUGGUGGUUAUGUUGCUUCCAAGUACGCACUUAAGCACCCCGAGCAUGUAAAACACUUGAUUCUGGUGGGACCUGCUGGAUUUUCAUCAGAAUCAGAAAGAAUUACAAAGUUCUUAUCAACGUGGAAAGGAUCACUACUGAACCAGAUUUGGGAAUCUAAUUUUACACCUCAAAAAAUCAUCAGAGGUUUAGGUCCUUGGGGUCCUGAUAUGGUCCGCAGGUAUACAAGUGCCAGGUUUGUUACACACACAACAGGGGAAAUGCUGUCAGAAUCCGAAUCUAGAUUACUGACAGAUUAUGUUUACCAUACUUUAGCAGCUAAAGCUAGUGGCGAGCUGUGCUUAAAAUAUAUAUUUUCAUUUGGAGCACUCCCGAGGUCACCUCUUCUUCACAGUGCCUCAGAGUGGAAGGUGCCCACCACUUUCAUAUACGGCUUUCAGGACUGGAUGAAUUAUGAAGGGGCCCAAAAAGCUCGUGAAGAUAUGAAGGUUCCAUGUGAAAUCCUUAGGGUUCCUCAGGCUGGGCACUUUGUGUUCAUUGACAACCCAAGUGGCUUCCAUUCAGCUGUGUUUUAUGCUUGUCGAAGGUUUCUUAGGCCUGAUCCAGACAGUGAAUCCCUUCCUGAAGGGCUAACCUCGGCAUAGGGUAUAAUGUUGUGCAGUACUGUCUGUGAUUAUAUAUUCUUUUACAGAUUAAAUUCCUUUAUUAAUUCAAGCCAUGUCCUAUUCAUGCUUAAACGGAAUUUCCAAUUGUAAUGGCAAUUCAAAGAAUAAAGAUCUGUCAUAUAAGUUUCAUUACUCAAACAUGUUAUUAGGUUGCUUAUACUA